AUGGCAGAAGUUAUCAAGGGCAUCUGCGAUAUUAAAUCAGUUUCAAAUUUGUUUACUACUGAAGCUUAUAAAAGAAUAAAAGCUAAAGACUAUAAGCUCUCCAUCAACUGUCUUGAAAUCUGUGAAUCAAUGUUUUACACAUUAGAAAAUCAGGGGCAAGUCCUCGAUUAUGAUCUUAUAAUUGCCAUCCUACACAACCUAUCCUUAUGCUACCACAAGUAACGCCCAAGUAGAUUAAAUAUUAUAGAUAAAUGCAUCACAUGCUUGGAAACCUGCUACUUUCGUGCAAAUUCUCUUAUGUUUAACAAUCAAAAAUGUUCUAUGCUAGAAGAGCAGAUGGUUAAUUUAAUUAAUUAGAUUAAAGUCAUCGCCUACCAUUUGGCUAUUUUUCUCUUAAAUUCCCCUAUUAUUGAUAGGAUUUGGUGUCCCGACGUGUGAAGCCCAAUGGAUAAUAAAUUUAAUAACUUCUCUAAACAUUUCCUAAUAUUUCCAUUUAUUUCAAUCUGAUGAUUAAAGAUAAAUAUCUCAGUUCCCUUUGCUUACAGUUUUCAAAUCUUUUAUCAAAAGAGAAUAGACAUAAUGAAGCCUUAGUUAAGGCAAAACUUGCUUAUAAGCAUUCCGUGACUUUAAUUAAUAAUACAGCAAUAGCUGCUAAAAAGCAGCUUGUGAAGAGCGUUGAAGGAAAAUUACCUCAAAGCAAGACUGCGAUGAUUCAAAGAGCGUUCCCUGCGCUGUCAGCAAUUAGUAAUUUUUUAGAAAAAGGAGAUUUGCAAGAAGUUAUAGAAAUUAGGUCUUCAGUUGGGGUGCUUGGACACCCACAAUGGAUUAUUGACUACUCCUUAUCAGAAGUCAUUGAUAUUUCUGCUUGCCCUUUAGAAGUUUUUUCAGUGCGUUUCGGAAUCCAGUCAGAAUUUACAAAAGAUUACUUGCUUUAUAAAGUGAUUUUAAUUGGAUUGUCUUUAUUUUGCAUUGGAAAAGAAUUAUGCUAUGUGCGAUCAUUUUUUGAUGGCUAUAAUAUAUGUGUAAAGGCUUAUAAUUUUUUAAAAAAAUUUUUACCUGAAGAAGCUGUUUUACUUAAAGAUUUAAGUAAAAUUGUGACUGAAUUAAAAAGCAAAAAUCAGGUUUCUGAAGAAAUUUCUUUAUCCAAAAAGCUUCAAAGAGUAAAUUCAAAUGUAUCAAGAUCAAUAUCGACAUCAAGAAGAAGGUCUAUUAAAAGUUCAUUUUCACUCCCCCUUGGAACAAUUUUUUCAAUAGGAAAAUUUUAGAAAAAAUACUAGUUUUUAUAAAUAAAUUUUAAUAUAAUUUUAUGGGAAAAAGGGAUAGCAGAAUAUUAUUUUAAAUAUUUUUUCAACUGUAUCUAUUGAUUUCUUAAUUAAUUCUUUAUAAAAAUAAAUAAAAUUCAAAAAUAUUGAGUUUAAUUUAAAUUUUUUGGAAAAAUAAAAAUUAACCCCCCUUUUAAAUUAGAAUAGGAUUUUUUAUUCCAAUUUAAAUGGGGAGUUAGCAAAUAUUUUGCAAUCAGUAUCUGAGCUAAGAACUCCUUCUCUUUGUGGAGGCUUUGAAAGUCUAUUACGAGAAAGUGAAUCACUAGAUAGCAUGAACAGAGUUGUAGUCCUUUCCUCUCACAAGCGUUGCAAAAGAAGCUUUUCCAAAGCAAAUCUUUUUAUUUAA